GUAAGACUUACAGAAUGCGAUACUCUGUCUGACACCAUUGAAUUUGCCUGUUUAUUCUCGGCACAAGUCAUGGCUCAUUCUGUUUUUUCAUCACAUAGUCAAGUCCUCGAGAAUAUUUGUUGCUAUUGUCUGAGCAUGCCUUCACUUUCUACAACAUCAGCUAAGCUUAGGCUGUAAACAUCACGCCUAUUCGAUCUCCAUUUGUAUUAAUGCCUAUUUAAGCUCAAACCUUAAUUCAUUUCACAAUCAAUUCCAUAGUUUUCUGUAAAGAGAUUUUUUUAUUUUUUUUUUCCAUUUUUUUAUUUUUUUUUUGUUUGUUUAAGAAUGUUUUGUUCUCCAAAGGAUCCCGUGAUGGCCACCGAGAACAAAUGCACUGGACGUUGCAAGUCAGUCGUGCGGAGGAUAGUCGAGCAGGUGAGAGCAGAGACUGAUCAGUGGGCCCAGAUGCAGGAGAUGCUGGCCCAGUUGCGUGGUGAAAUGGAGGAGCUGCAAGCGUCUCGUGAUUUCUGGGAAAAUCGAGCAUACAAUUUGGAACAUGAAAUCCAAUCCCUUAGGAAAACUGUCGAAGAAUGGAAAUUGAAAGCAACCAAAUACGAAAACAAGGCAAGCCAGUUGCAGCUCGAGGUUUCCAUUCUCAAAGAGCAAAUUCAAAACCCGAGCGCGGUACCUUUGGGAAAGCAACUCGAGAAGGAAAAAAAGCUCAAGAGCUUCCGGAUGAAGAAAAACAGCCAAGUCGAGGAGAAAGAGCAGCGUAAGUACGAAAGUCUGCCUGAACUUGAAGAGGAGGAGGUUAAGACUGCUGAGGAAAGAACCCCGAAAAGAGGUGGUUUGUCUGUGCCUCUUUCUCUAGGCAAACAGCUCGCGAAAGAAAAAAGGAAGAUCCUUCGCCAUUUGAGGGAGAACUAUAAUCGUGCGUAUGAUGAUAAUGGUGGUGAUCGAGAGAGAAGGAGCAAACGAGAUAGCGGACGAAGGAAGAAAUCGUGCUCGACUGGGUUUGGGGUUGUGGAGCCGAUUCGUUCGCCUUUGAUGGACAUUAGUAGUUUGUCUCCGAUUACGCAACAAAUUAGUCGAUCGAGUUUUUUUGGUCUGAGGAACCCUGAGACCUCAAGAGUAAGGGGCAGUUUUAGAAUGUGAUGAUGAUCUGGUUUUGCAUUUAGGAAGAGAAUUGUUGAAUUAACCUUUUUUUUUAAUAAUUAUAUUUUUCCUUUUUUUUUUUUGGUUCUUCCUUUCAUGUGUACUGGCUGAGAAAUUGUGUCAAGUUCAGAAUUAUAAUGGUUCUUUUGUGAAAACGAUUACAA